GUGGAAUUGCUGGGCCGGGACAUCAGCCCGCGUGCCCCUCCCCCUUGGCUUCGGGGUCCUGAGCAGGGUCAGGCCCUGGACAGUGCUGGCGGUGACGGAGAAUGUCCUGCUUGCAGCGACAGGGCGGGGGAUGGGGUGUGUGCAACCAGAAUUGGAGAGACUUGAGUCCCUUCCUGCUACCGUCAACACAGUGCAAUUCAGGAGCAUCUAUUGUGUCCUUGCUGUGUAUCAGGCACUGUGCUAGAGGUGAAUAGGGUUGACCCUGCUGUUGCCCCAAGGGAGCACUCACUUCACCUUCACUGUGCCCUCAGGCUGCUUGGCCUUAUGAGGAAGGGGAGAAGACACCCCCUCCUGUCCCUUCCUCCCCGCUGUCAUCUCUCCCACCCUUUCCAGAAUAUUAAAUCCAGAGCUGGCAGUUAGAAGGACAGGGUCGGUGUGUGCGACACUGUGAAGGAGCCUGGGAAUGGUUCUCUCCUAAGAAGUAGCAGAGCCCUGCCCCUCCCAUGCGGUGGUGAGAAGCCGGGGCAGGGAGCUGAGUAGAGGUCCAGUUUAACUGACCAGUCACAGCUCCUUCAUGGUGGAGCAGGAGGGUCUUAGGGGAUGGAUGAUGCAAAGCCAGAUUCACCCCAAAAGCUCAGAGGAGCAGGAGCGGCUUCGCCUGGAGCGGGAGAGGGAGCAAGAGCAGAAGAAGGCCAGCAGCCUGGCCAGGCUGGCCCAUGCCCUGCCUGUGGAGGAACCCCGCAUUGAAGCGCCACCCCUACCUCUGUCUCCCCCAGCACCCCCACCAGCACCCCCACCGCCACUUGCCACCCCCACCCCAUUGACUGUCAUUCCUAUUCCAGUCGUGACCAACUCUCCUCAACCUCUGCCCCCACCCCUGCCUCCUGCCGCCCAGCCUUUGCCCCUGGCGCCUCGCCAGCCAGCCCUGGUUAGCACCCCUGGACUCAGCAUUAAGGACUCUGCUCCCCUGCCCACCAGGCCACAGGUGCCCAACCCUGCCCCCCUGCUGCCAGACUCCAAGACCACCCUUCCGCCCACUGGCAGCCCCAAGCCUUUGCAGCCCCUCCCCACACCCAUCCUGACCAUAGCACCUCACCCUGGAGUCCAGACCCAGCUGGCUCCCCAGCAGCCACCGCCAUCCACUCUUGGGACCCUGAAGUUGGCACCAGCCGAAGAAGUCAAAUCCAGCGAACAGAAGAAGAGGCCCGGGGGGAUCGGAACCAGAGAAGUCCACAACAAACUGGAGAAGAACAGGAGGGCCCAUCUGAAGGAAUGCUUUGAGACCCUGAAGCGCAACAUCCCCAACGUGGACGACAAGAAGACGUCGAACCUGAGCGUGCUGCGGACGGCGCUGCGGUACAUCCAGUCUCUGAAGAGGAAGGAGAAGGAAUAUGAGCAUGAGAUGGAGCGGCUGGCACGCGAGAAGAUUGCCACACAGCAGCGGCUGGCAGAGCUCAAGCACGAGCUGAGCCAGUGGAUGGACGUGCUGGAGAUUGACCGUGUGCUCCGACAGACUGGCCAGCCGGAGGACGACCAGGCCUCCACCUCUACAGCCUCUGAGGGUGAGGACAACAUAGAUGAGGAUAUGGAGGAGGACCAGGCCGGCCUGGGCCCACCUAAACUGAGCCAUCGCCCCCACCCGGAGCUGCCGAAGCCACCGCCCAGCACCGCCCCCGCACCUCUGCCUCCCCAUCCACACUCCCACUCCCAGCCUGUGGCUCUGUCUCCUGUCCACCUGCCUGGGCAGCAGCCACCACCACAGCAGAAGACACCUCUGCCAGCCCCUCCUCCCCCACCGGCCCCCGCCCAGACGCUGGUGCCUGCUCCAGCCCAUCUGGUGGCUGCAGCUGGAGGAGGCUCCACGGUCAUCGCCCACACGGCCACCACCCAUGCCUCAGUCAUCCAGACUGUGAACCACGUUCUACAGGGGCCGGGCGGCAAGCACAUCGCCCACAUUGCCCCCUCAGCCCCCAGCCCUGCUGUGCAGCUGGCACCUGCCACACCUCCCAUUGGCCACAUCACAGUGCACCCUGCCACCCUCAACCAUGUGGCCCACCUUGGCUCCCAGCUGCCCCUGUAUCCACAGCCCGUGGCGGUGAGCCAGCCUGUGGCAGUGAGCCACAUCGCCCACACCCUCUCACACCAGCAAGUGAAUGGCACAGCUGGGCUGGGGCCCCCAGCGACUGUCAUGGCAAAGCCAGCUGUGGGGGCUCAGGUGGUGCACCACCCCCAGCUGGUGGGCCAGACAGUGCUCAACCCUGUGACCAUGGUCACCAUGCCCUCCUUCCCGGUCAGCACGCUCAAGCUGGCUUGAGGAUGAGGCCACUCAGAGGCCCCCAGUGGGGGCAGGGAGGGGGACCCACCCCCCACUCUCCCACCCACCAGCUCCACACAUUCCAGCCAGGCCAAGGCCCGCCCCACCCACACCCACCCCCAGGCCUCCUAGGGGAAGGGGGUGCAGAGACUCUGAGCCAGGGGAGGGAGGGCCACCCCAGGGAGCUGGGCGCGGGGCAGGGUGUGACCCCACUGCACUAGGACUUAAGUGAUGAGAUGCUUUGGUGAAUGUGCCCCUCGUCUGGCCUGGUGCCAGCUCCAGUGAUGUUCCCACCUCCCCACCUUGUCCCCUGCCUCCCGUGCGUGUGGGUGUUGUGUUCUCCCCACUUCCCUACCCCGCCUGCCUUCCUGUGCUGCUGCUGCUAUAUUGCUCUAGCUGAUGAGGCGGCUGAGUGCCCGGGCCCUCUAUCCUGAGCCGUGGCCUUCUCUGCCCAGGCCUGGGGGGGGCGGUGGGGGUGGUGGUUAGGGGGCAGAACCGAAGCAACUUGGCCCAGAAAGCUGGGUGCUCAGGAGGCUCUGCUCUAAAGGUGACAGAUCCUAGGAAGUGGCCACUCUGCUGGGAGGGGUGGGCUUGGCUGUCCUGCCCCCAUGCUGCCCUUCCACACCCCUGGCCUGGGUCUGGACCUGUCCCCAUCCCUGGAUCUGGCUCUUGGUUUCCCAAAGGCAAAGGGGAGGGGUGCUGUCCAUUCUCUGCCCCAGGUCCCUGGCCUCUGCUCAGUGCUGUGCACUCCCCUGUAAGCUCAGAGAAGUGAACUGGCAUCUGGUCUGGGUCCUGGGAGCCUGAAGCCACACUGCUGAGGCCAUCAGGAAGUUAAAAUCUAGGGGCUGGGGCAAAUCCCGGAGCCCUUUUCCUGAUGCCCUGGCAACCUGCAGGGCAGGGAGGGCUGCUACUUCUGCCCCAACUUAUCUGUCCUUGGUGUCAUCUCUGUCUUUCCCCCUGAACACCUGCUUCUGCAGUGAGCUACUCUGAGUGGGCCACCACCUCCCUCUGAGGAAGGCCCUUAGUUGGACUUAGGGCCGCACUGAGCUUGGGCUGGGGAGGAGUGAGGGGGCCUGUGUGCAGGGCGUGCCGGUUUCCCCACCUCUGCCUCUGCUGACUGCUUUGGCUUCUCUCUUAUGUGGGUAUUUAUUACAAGUGGCCUUGUGUCAGACACAUGCUCAGUUGUACACACAUGCACACUCAGCUCGCCACCUGGACACACACACACUUUUGUGGGGAGAGAAAGCCAGUGUCUCUAGUUGUGAAGUUUGCUUUGAUAGGCUGGGGGCAGGGGACAGGACACUUAACUCCCUUUCAGUUCCUUCCUAGUCCUGGAAACCUCCCAGGGGACUGUUCUCAUUGGUCUUGCCUGGGGUGGGGAAAGGGAAGGCCUAUGGUCACCCCAGAGGCCUCCAAGAGGGAGCCUCACACCCACCUCAGCAUAGCACUUCCACCCCACAAGCCUGCUGCCCUCCUACUCCUGCAGCCACCACCUGCCACCCUGGUUCUUGGGGAAACCAGUUUACAGUCUUCCCUGAGUGAUUGGGACUGCAAGAGCAGAGGGAGCCAGCUGGGCCUGGUGCCCAGGAACAGAGAAGCAUCAGGGGACCUGCCCUUCCUUUCAGGCUCUGCUCACCUCCCUGCAUUCUGAGGCCAUUUCAGAGUUGAAAGUGUGUCAACCAGUGGCCUCUCGGGCCUGCACAGAUACCUCAUCCGCCCGCUCACCGCCCCUGCCCCUCCCCACCCCUAGCAGUGGGGGCCUUCGAAUCUAGUGCCGAAUGACUAUGUCCAGAUUGGUGACGAUGGGUGUUGUUGCUGUUGUUUUUGUUGUUGUUUGUGAACGCUGUGAUGCUGUGUGCCCUAGAGGGCAGCCACCGCUCAGCCCUUCCUUGGGCAUCUCCCUUCUGAGAGCUGUCAGGACCACAUCUGUCCUCACCCUGUGGGACCGCCUGCCCCUCCCCUCCCUAGCCCUUCCAGCCUGGGGGCUGCGCGCGCGUGUGUGCAUACGUGCACGCGCACACAAACACACAUACACACACACCUUACCUCUCAUGCGUGUUUUACUUUUUGACGUUAGGAGUGGCUCACUGGCUGGGAGCCUUUACCUCGGGGAGAGGGGGAGGUUGGUUCCUUGGGGGGCCAAAGAAGGGCAGGGAGUGCCUGGAGGGGAAUUAAGGGUUACUAAAGCCCUGGCUCUCCAGGAACAGCUUCUCCCCCAUCCCAGGGUCCCAUCCCCAUCCCCCAAAGAGGUGGCCCUUGUUUACAGUGAGGACUCUGGUCACUGUGUCUCCGUUUCCUGAAAUAUAAACUGUAGCGACCCCAGACUGUAGAGAUUUUUAUGUGUUUGGAUACAUCUGCUGUGUGGGAAAAAAACAAAAACCCUACAAAAAACCCUAAUUUUGUACAUAUUGUAUUUUUACUAUUGAACUGUAUUCUAGUGGCUGUUCAUGCUCCAAGACUUUAGGUAUUGAGACAUGAAUACUAUCCAUGUAAUAAGCACUUGCCUGGAAUAAAAUAUAAAACUGAAUAAACCUGCACUGAAACCAGA